UUUGGGGCACAUGAUCUCUCGAGGUUCCCUAUGCUGAGGUUAUGCUUUCUCGUCAGUUUCAUGUGCUUGGCGAAAUCAGACACGGAUGAAACAUGCCCAUCCUUCACCAGACUGAGCUUCCACAGUGCGGUGGUUGGUACCGGACUAUCCGUGAGACUGAUGCUGUACACACAGAGAGACCAGGCCUGUGCACAGGUCAUCAACUCCACAGCUCUGGGGAGCUUAAAUGUGACCAGGAAAACCACUUUUAUCAUCCACGGUUUCCGGCCAACAGGCUCCCCUCCGGUUUGGAUGGAGGAGCUGGUACAGAGUUUGAUCAGCGUACAAGAGAUGAAUGUGGUGGUUGUCGACUGGAAUCGAGGAGCGACGACUGUGAUAUACCCCCAUGCGUCUAGCAAGACCAAACAAGUAGCUUCGAUUUUGAAGGAAUUUAUCGACCAGAUGUUGGCCAAAGGAGCUUCUCUGGACACCAUUUACAUGAUUGGAGUAAGUCUAGGAGCCCACAUAGCUGGAUUUGUUGGCGAGAUGUAUGAGGGGAAGCUGGGGAGAGUCACAGGUCUUGACCCCGCAGGCCCUUUAUUCAACGGGAGACCUCCUGAGGACAGAUUAGACCCCAGCGACGCUCUGUUCGUGGACAUCAUCCACUCAGACACUGACGCACUAGGCUACAAGGAAGCCCUAGGGCACAUAGACUUCUACCCAAAUGGAGGACUGGAUCAACCCGGUUGCCCCAAGACAAUAUUUGGAGGUAUAAAGUACUUCAAGUGUGACCAUCAGAUGUCCGUCUACCUGUACCUUGCCUCCCUGCAAAAUAACUGCUCCAUCACGGCCUAUCCCUGCGACUCCUACCGGGAUUAUAGGAAUGGCAAGUGUGUCAGCUGUGGUGCUGGACAAAUUGUGUCCUGUCCCCAAGUAGGCUACUAUGCCGACAGCUGGAAAGAGUUCUUAUGGGACAGAGAUCCUCCGAUGACAAAGGCGUUCUUCGACACAGCGGAGACAAAGCCAUACUGCAUGUAUCAUUAUUUUGUGGACAUUGUAUCUUGGAACAAGAGUGUAAGAAGAGGGUUCAUUACAAUCAAACUGAGAGGCGAAGAUGGCAAUAUCACAGAAUCCAAAAUUGAUCAUGAGCCAUCUGCAUUUGAGAAAUACCAUCAAGUGAGUCUCCUCGCAAGAUUUAAUCGUGAUCUGGAUAAAGUGGCAGAGAUUUCCUUGUUGUUCUCCACAGGGUCUGUAGUGGGCCCAAAGUACAAACUCAGGGUCCUGCAGAUGAAGCUGAGGUCCCUGGCCCAUCCAGACAGGCCUCACUUGUGUCGAUAUGAUCUCGUCCUUACGGAGAAUGUUGAGACAUCCUUCCAACCUAUCCUGUGCCCCCAGCGGCAGAUGUAG